ACGCAGACGCAGCCCUCGGAUCCCAAAUCCACCUCUUCCUUGACUUUCCAUCCGGCGGCCGUCUUUGUCUACUACUACUGCGCGCCAAAUCCUUGAUCUCCGGUCCCUGGCCAUUCCCGGCAGCAUUGAGUUUCCUCGUCAUUUCCAGCAAACGCAACCAACACUUGUUUCAAGCAAACAACCCAGACGCGCUUCACAAUGGCAAGCGACGAUGCAGAUCGCGAGCCGCGCGAGGUCAAGAACCACCUUCUUUUUGAAAUUGCGACAGAAGUCGCCCAUCGAGUCGGUGGAAUCUAUUCCGUCCUCAAAUCCAAGGCCCCAGUCACCACCGCAGAGUAUGGUGAGCGCUACACCCUCAUUGGACCUCUCAAUCACCAAUCCGCGGCUGUCGAGGUCGAGGCCUUGGAGCCCACCAUUCCUGGACUGGCCGAGUCCAUCCAGGCCAUGAGAGAUCGCGGCAUUGGCAUUCUAUAUGGACGGUGGUUAAUCGAGGGCGCUCCCCGAGUUCUCCUUUUCGACACAAAGACGGCGUAUAACUACCUAAACGAGUGGAAGACGGACCUAUGGAAUGUCGCGGCAGUCCCGUCGCCUGACAACGAUGAAGAAACAAAUGAAGCCAUUGUUUUCGGAUACCUGGUUGCGUGGUUCCUCGGCGAGUUCGUAUGCCACGAGAAGAAAAAGGCCGUUAUUGCGCACUUUCACGAAUGGCUCGCGGGCGUUGCGCUGCCAUUGUGCAAGAAGCGGCGCAUUGAUGUCACAACCAUCUUCACCACCCAUGCCACGCUGCUAGGACGCUACCUUUGCGCCGGCUCGGUGGAUUUCUACAACAACCUCCAGUGGUUCGAUGUUGACGCAGAAGCUGGCAAGCGCGGUAUUUACCACCGGUAUUGCAUCGAGCGAGCUGCUGCCCAUUCCUGCGAUGUAUUCACCACCGUUUCCCACAUCACGGCCUACGAAAGCGAGCAUCUCCUGAAGCGCAAGCCCGACGGCGUCCUGCCCAACGGACUCAACGUGACCAAGUUUUCGGCUAUGCACGAGUUCCAAAACCUGCAUCAACAGUCCAAGGAGAAGAUCCACGACUUUGUACGUGGUCACUUCUACGGCCACUACGAUUUUGAGCCCGAGAACACACUCUACUUCUUCACUGCGGGCCGCUAUGAGUUCAGAAAUAAAGGCGUCGACAUGUUUAUCGAGUCGUUAGCCCGGCUUAACCACCGACUAAAGGCGGCUGGAAGCAAAAUCACAGUUGUCGCUUUCAUCAUUAUGCCUGCACAGACGUCCUCUCUAACUGUGGAGGCACUAAAGGGCCAGGCCGUGAUUAAGUCACUCAGGGACACGGUAGAUGUCAUUGAGAGUGGCAUUGGCCGGCGCAUAUUUGAGCGGUCUCUGAAGUGGCACGACGGGGACCCGCUACCGGAUGAGAAAGAGCUGAUCACCAGCCAGGACCGUGUCCUCCUUCGCCGGCGUCUCUUUGCCAUGAAGAGACAUGGACUCCCGCCCAUCGUCACACACAACAUGGUUAAUGAUCAUGAAGAUCCCAUCCUCAACCAGAUCCGCCGGGUCCAGCUGUUCAACCAUCCAUCAGACCGAGUCAAGAUUGUCUUCCACCCCGAGUUCCUCAACUCGGCCAACCCGGUGCUUCCCCUCGACUAUGACGACUUCGUGCGAGGCACCCACCUGGGUGUCUUCGCGUCGUACUACGAGCCUUGGGGCUACACGCCUGCCGAGUGCACCGUGAUGGGUGUGCCGAGCAUUACAACUAACCUCUCUGGCUUUGGCUGCUACAUGGAAGAGCUGAUUGAGAAUUCCAGCGACUACGGAAUCUACAUUGUGGACCGUCGUUCCAAGGGCGUAGAUGACUCGAUCAACCAGCUCACAUCUCACAUGUUUGAUUUCACGCAGAAGAGCCGCAGGCAGCGGAUUAACCAGCGAAACAGAACUGAGCGCUUGAGCGAUCUGCUUGACUGGAAGCGGAUGGGCAUGGAGUAUGUCAAGGCACGCCAGCUUGCCCUGCGCCGGGCAUACCCGACAUCCUUUAGCGGCGACGACGAGGAGGACUUCAUCCCGGGCGUGGAGCAGAAGAUUUCCCGUCCCUUCUCGGUCCCUGGAUCUCCUCGCGACCGGACAGGCAUGAUGACUCCUGGUGACUUUGCAAGCCUUCAGGAGGGCCGUGAAGGUCUCAGCACCGAGGACUAUGUUGCCUGGAAGCUCCCUGAGGAAGAGGACCCUGACGAGUACCCGUUCCCUUUGACCCUGAGGACGAAGCGCCCCGGCCCAACGAGCCCUCUAGAUGGAGUUCAGCUCAACGGCAACUAAUAUCCCGAUAGUAACUUUUUAUGCUGGGACUAUGGCUUCAAUUCCUGGAAACCAUACCCCAUUACUCGCA